AUGCGAGAUACAGAUGAAGCAUGUGCAUUAUUCACCAAGCUGAGCUUUCACAGUGCUGUGGUUGGCACCGGGCUAGAGGUGAGGCUGCUGCUCUACCCAGGGAUCAGCAAAGACUGUGCACAACUCAUCAACUGUACAUUUCUGGGGAACUUGAAUGUCACCAAGAAAACCACCUUCAUCAUCCAUGGGUACAGGCCCACGGGCUCCCCUCCAGUGUGGAUGGAGGAUUUGGUCCAGGCGUUGCUCUUGGUCGAAGACAUGAACGUGAUUGUGGUGGACUGGAAUCGAGGCGCUACCACUGUCGUAUACAACCACGCCUCGGGGAAGACCAGGCAGGUGGCAGAGAUCCUGAAGACCUUUAUCGACCGGAUGUUGGAAGAAGGAGCUUCCCUUGAUAACAUUUAUAUGAUUGGAGUAAGCCUCGGUGCCCACAUCGCUGGGUUUGUUGGAAAGAUGUACAGUGGGCAGCUGGGGAGAAUCACAGGUCUGGACCCCGCGGGCCCUCUGUUCAAUGGGAAGUCUCCGGAGGACAGAUUAGAUCCCGGGGAUGCUCACUUCGUUGAUGUCAUCCAUUCCGACACCGAUGCCCUGGGCUACAGAGAACCUUUAGGAAACAUAGACUUUUACCCAAAUGGAGGAACAGAUCAACCUGGUUGUCCCAAAACAAUAUUUAGCGGUUCGCAGUAUUUUAAGUGUGACCAUCAGAGGUCUGUCUUUCUGUACCUUGCAUCCCUGAGAGAGAAUUGCAAUGUCACCGCCUACCCCUGUGACUCUUACCAGGAUUAUAAGAAUGGCAAAUGCAUCACCUGCGGCCUGCCUGGCUCGAGGCCCUGCCCACUGCUGGGCUAUUAUGCUGAUACUUGGAAGGACUAUUUAAGGGAGAAAGAUCCUCCUAUGAUGAAAGCGUUCUUUGACACCGAUGAGAAGCAGCCGUUCUGUGUAUAUCAUUACUUUCUGGAUAUUUCACCUUGGAACAAGAACAUAAGAAAAGGGUACAUUACGAUCAAACUGACAGACAAAGCUGGGAGCGUCACAGUAUCCAAAAUCAAGCAUGAACUCACGACCUUUCAGAAAUACCACCAAGUGAGUAUGCUUGCAAGAUUCAACCAAGAUCUGGAGAAAGUGGCAAACAUCUCCUUGAUAUUCUCUACAGGGUCUAUCAUUGGCCCGAAGUACAAACUCCGGAUUACUCGAGUGAAAUUACGAUCACUUGUUCAUCCUGAAAGACCCCACUUGUGUCGAUAUGAUGUAGUGCUGUUGGAAAAUGUGGAAACGUUCUUCAACCCUAUCUCUUGCCCAGAGUUGCGGCUGUAGCUGCUGUGAGAAAAUGUGGGCCAAGAGUCCGGAGAGACACAGCAACAGGUGUUUGAAGAAGCUUCACCGCACCUUUCCCUGAAGGCACAAGAAGGACAGAAUAGCCAUUGGAUAGCUCAUUGCAAAACGUCAGUUGGCCUUGGAUUGCAAAGCAGCAAGGGGCGGGGGGUGAUCUCUGAAGUAGGGCAAGUCAGAAAUGACCUAUUGCUGUUCCUGAGCUUCUUUUGUUCCAUUCUGUCAUCCUCCUGCCAGUUCUUACGGCCAGCUCAGGAGAUAACUGUGGAUCGAGAGGAAGCUUAGUGGGAAACCUCCCUUUGUUUGGAGGACGUGCACCCGGUGCUCCUGAGGUGAUUCUCAGCCAAAUGCUUCACUGCCAGGACCUGAGACUAUGGUGCUGCUUGGACCCUGCAGUGUCAGGGACACCUGGGCCACACUAGCGGUGAGGUGGGGGUGGGCAUCCAGGGCUGUACCCAGGGAUGCUCUAGGGACCAUGCAUUUAACCGGGAUGGAACUGAGGUCUGUGCCUUAACCACUGCGCUAUUUGUCUGGCCCCUGGAGACCUCUGUUAGGGCGCAGUUCCACAUCCCUAAGUCCAGUCCCUCCAGGUCCUGGCAGGUAAAAGGUAACGGAGACUCCCUCACUUCCCUGGGUAAUGGUGUAGGUUGGCGGACAAGUCUGUGAAGGGAGCUUUGCCAUCCCGUGGGUGCCACACCGGCGAGGGAUCGGAGAAAUGUGAAUUUGCUUUUAUUUAUUUUGAUAGGACUUUUCUAAUUUGCAACCUGGGUGCUGCUUCUCACCAGCCCUGCCCUGGGGCUUGUUGCUCCGGGAAGGCAAGGGAACCCCUGUCCCCGGCUUCCUGCCUCCCCUGGGAGACCCUGACUGGGGGUGGAUUUUGCUGGGUGUGAUGGGCCAGCCAAGGUGCCGAAUGAAACAGUGUCUGGGGGGACGCCAGAGGGAGAGGAAGCAGAGGGUCGCUUCGCUCAUGGUGACCACAAAUGGAGACUGUGCAGAAGCUUCCCUUCAUGGACAACCAUCAUCUUUUGGUUUUGUUUUGGGUUCUGGUCCACACCUGGCUAUGCGCAGGUCUUGCUCCUGGCUCUGUGCUCAGAUUUCACUCCUGGCGGGCCCAGGAGACAUCUGUGGUGCUGGGGAUCGAACCUCAGAACCUCAGCCGGUCAUGUGCAAGGAAACUCCUUACCUGCUAUACUGCUGCUCUAGCGGAUGGACAACCAUCAUUUUAGCCAUCCUAAAAAAAAAAAGUCAUUUUUAUUUCAUCCUC